UACAGUUACGGGAAGUCAACACGGUACUGAUGUAGUGCUUGACGUCAUUGUGAAAUACAACAAAGAGGAUUUUGCAACUAAAUUCAGUCUCAUGAACAUUUUGCAAGAUAAGAUCAAUCACAUUUUAUUACUUUCUUCUCUCCUGACAGACAUUACAGAAAGCAAGCAGUGCCCCUUUAGAAAAUAAAGAGCAGUUAAUGUGCCGAUGAUCAUGAAUAAAUUUACACAGCAGAAUAUGACCAGGUUUCUACGGUGAGCGAUGUCCCGACGCGGCGCUUUAAAGUUCACCGGAAGUACGCAUUUCUGUUCUUCCGUUUGUGCCUUCCGUACAGAAACGCGCAGCCUCAGUAUCGAGUUCCGCGCUCUCCGUCCGAAGACAUAGGCGCAGCAGUCUGCCCGGCACAAUGCCGUGGUACAGAGCGGAGGACACGGACAAGUUCGUUCGGGAGUUUCUGCGGAGCGGCUCUGCGGUGAGGAACAAGAUGAUGAAAAACUGGGGAGUCAUUGGCGGAAUCGCAGCAGCCAUGGCGGCUGGAGUCUACGUUCUCUGGGGCCCUAUAGCGGAAAGGAAGAAGCGAAAGAAAGGGACAGUGCCUGGACUUUUGAAUCUGGGGAACACCUGCUUCAUGAACUCUCUGCUCCAGGGUCUGGCAGCCUGCCCGUCCUUUGUCAGGUGGCUGGAGGAGUUCACCAACAGGAGCGGCGCUGAGCAGAGCCACAACAGCAGUGAGAGGGAGAGGGAGCCCCGACUCUCCCGCACCCUCCUGCAGCUCCUUCAGGCGCUGUCCAGCCACGAACCAGGUGAGGAUGAUGUUCUCGAUGCAGGGUGUCUUCUGGAAGUCCUUCGGCUCUAUAGGUGGCAGAUCAGCUCCUUUGAGGAACAGGAUGCCCACGAGCUCUUCCACGUUCUUACCUCCUCUCUGGAGGAGGAGCGAGACCAGCAGCCUAAGGUCACCCAUCUGUUUGACAUGCGGUCCCUGGAGUGUGUCCCGGAGGCUAGCCAGUGGAGCAUGAGUUGCAGGAGUCGAGGCCCCCUCCACCCACUGCCCAGUCCCUGGAAGUCCCAGCAUCCUUUUCACGGGCGCCUGACAAGCAACAUGGCCUGUAAGCGCUGUGAGCAGCAGAGUCCGGUGCACUACGAUUCGUUUGACAGCCUGUCUCUGUCCAUUCCCCCAGCACCAUGGGGCCGACCUGUGACACUGGACCACUGUCUCCAGCACUUCAUCUCUUCGGAGACCAUCAAAGAGGUGGAGUGUGAGAACUGCACCAAAAUCCAGAAAGCAGGAAAGUCCAGUGGACAGACAGUCGAAAGCCAGAGGAGCACUUUUAUCAAACAACUGAGACUGGGAAAGCUCCCGCAGUGUCUGUGUAUACACCUCCAAAGGCUCACGUGGUCCAGCGAGGGUACCCCAAUCAAGAAGCAGGAGCAUGUCCAGUUCUCAGAGUACCUGUCCAUGGACUGCUACAAGCACUGUGCCUCAGGCCAGAGGUCACUGUGGCCCCUGUGCACCUCCAGGACAGUCUCCAGUGGUGGUCAGGUGGAUGUUCAGGAGAAGAAGCCUGCCAAUGGCACAGACUCUGAACACUGUAACAACAAGAAGCCGCUGUCGAACGGAACCUGCUCCUCUGUUUUUCUCCACACCCCAGCUCUAAGUCCUCCAUUCACACUGACCUAUGACCACAGUUCGUCGGCGUACCUCUUCCGGCUGACGGCUGUGCUGGUGCACCACGGGGAUAUGCAUUCAGGCCACUUUGUGACGUACCGCCGCUGCCCCCCCUCACCCCGCUCCAGCUCGCCCUUCAGCACCCACUGGCUCUGGGUGUCAGACGACUCAGUGCGCAAGGCAUCUCUGCAAGAAGUGCUCGCUUCCAAUGCCUACCUGCUGUUCUAUGAAAGGGUGAGACCUGCUACACCUGGGCCAGAAGGACAGGACAGGGCCACUUAGGUUACCGAUAACCCAUGGCCAGCACAGGAACACGUUCACCCAGUAGGUGACCCCCCCCCCCCCCCCCGCAGUUGGGAGUCUUGGGUGAGCCCAGCCUCUCCAUCGGAAAGCUUCCACUGUGUAAUGUCGGUAAGAGGUGUAAAGCAACACUUCCAGGUACCAUGGUGGCAUAGGUAUUUCAUGUUGGAAUGUACAUGUCUGUUACCCAGAGUGCCCGAGUACCCAAUGUCACCCAGUUGCAGACGAACAUUUCUCCAGGUGUCUUAGUGUGCGGUGGGGUGUCGCUGCAUUAAUAAACAUAUCAAGGUGAACAGUGUGGAUCUGUAUUAGCAGCCGCUCAGUGGCGCAGUGAGAAACCUGUCAGUGAUCCGGACCUUUCAUCACUUGUGCUUUACUUGUCCACUUGUCAUAGGUUCUUUGUCCCAGAACCAGAGAUGGGUGUGAAUGGCUGUGCUCUGUUCUGAACGUGGAUGAAAGUGCCACAUGAUCAGUCAAAGCGCAUGCUAUCACUUGCUGUUUAAAAAGGGACAUUUCUGUUUAAAAACAAAGAAAUGUGUAACAAGUCUGACAGAAGUCAAUGCUUUUAUAAAGUACCUCCUCUUUUGU